AUGACAGCGUGUUUGCUCGGAUUUUCUAAACGCAAAUCUUUCAAACAACGCGUUUGGCAAAACUCACAGCAUAUCGAAAACUCGGGGCAUGUGAGUUUUCCACAAGUUUCACAUCCGCCUGAUCACAGCAGUGCCGGAUCGACCCGUCUUGAAGGAAAACGAAGAGGGUUCUCCGUUCUUUUCAUCAGCACAAACGAGUUUCAGACGGCACGGGUCGUAUCGAUAUGCGUCAUGGACGCCCCUAUCGCUUCAUCUGCGCAGAGUCCAUCAUUGGAUCAAUGCGCGACAGGAUCUGCCACAGAUGCCGCCGAAGCAACCGCGAAAGAUAGACAAGUAGAAACUUCUAAAAAGCGGUCCUCUCCGAACGGCUCCCCUCAGCCUGUCAAGAAGACGAAACACAUCGCCCUUUCGACUGAGAACCUUUCUAUCCUUGUGGCGAGCUACAAUAUUCGCUUCAGCGAGUAUUCGCGCAGGUGCACGUGA